AUGAUUCAAUCUAUGUACACCGGAAAAUUUUUGAAAUUACAAGGGCAAGAGGCUUGGGAAGCUCUUGAAGAAUUGUCUGUUAAUUCACAACAAUGGAAUUAUUCUGAGCCUAGGUCUAGAGAAAAUAAUGCACCUAAAAGAGGAGGAAAAUAUGAAAUUAAAGAAGAAACUGAUUUGAGAACAUCUUUUGAAAAAUUAGCAAGAAAAGUAGAAGCCUUAGUCAUAAGUCAAACUAUGAGUUCUCAUGUUCAACCUAAAAAAGAUGUUUUUGCUAGUACUUGUCAUAAUGAUCAAUCAUGUCCUUCUUUUCUUGAAACAUUUUCCGAAGAGGCUAAUGCAUUACAUUCAUAUCGUAAACCAAAUGAUAGUCCAUUUUCUAACACAUACAAUCCUAAUUGGAGAAACCAUCCCAAUUUUUCAUGGAGACAAAACCAACCACAUAUGAACCAAGGAAACCAAUUCAACAUGCCAAAUCCGAAUCAUGCCCAACCAAGUCAACCUUACCCUCCACAAAGAAAGCCUUCCUUAGAAGACACUUUACAACAAUUAAUGCAAUCCACCCAACAAAUCAUGCAAAAUCAAUCUCAAUCCAUUGCCAAACUUGAGACACAAUUGGGUCAACUUGCCAAUGCCGUAACUGAGAGAGAAAAAGGGAGAUUUUCUAGCCAAGCCAUCCCAAAUCCUAAAGGCCAAUAUGAAGUAGGAGUUCCUAGUCAUAAAGAAGAAGCCAAGUCUAUUUCAACACUUAGGUCUGGAAAACAAAUUGCCAAACCCGACUACACACCUCAAGUUGAAAAAGACCAAAGCCAAAGUUCCAACACAAAUGACUUGUCAAAAGAUAAUGAUCAAAUUAUUCCUUCCUUUCCAAAAGCUCCUUUUCCACAAAGAUUAUUUCCACUCAAAAAAGGCAACCAAUAUAGUGACAUCUUAGAAGUGUUCAAACAAGUAAGUAUCAACAUCCCAUUCUUAGAUGCCAUUAAACAAAUUCCUGCCUACUCCAAAUUCUUGAAAGACCUUUGCACUGUUAAAAGAAAAACUAAUGUUCCAAAAAAGGCAUUUUUAACUGAACAAGUUAGCUCCAUAAUUCAAUAUAAAAGCCUUGUGAAAUAUAAAGAUCCUAGUUGUCCAACAAUUUCAUGCAUCAUUGGUGAUCAUUUUAUUAACAAAGCUUUACUUGAUUUAGGAGCUAGUGUGAAUUUAUUGCCUUAUUCUGUUUAUAAGCAACUUGGUCUAGGAGAAUUAAAACAAACUUCUAUAACACUUCAAUUAGCUGAUCUAUAA